GGCCAGCCGGCGGGGAGGCAGAGCAGAGGGCACCGCGGUCAUGGGACAGCUCUGCCACCAGCAGCCCCCCACGACCACCCCGCCGCGCAGCCUGGGGAACAGCGGGGGGCUGCCGGGGUCCCCGCUGCUCCUGCUCCUCCUCCUCCUCCUCGCCUCCUCCAUGUGUGCGUGCAAAGGUGCACCGAUGCCAUCCCAAGCACUCGAGGCAGAUCAGGAUUUGCAGCUGUGGAAGGAGAUAGACGAUGCAUGUUCUACCUACCUGUCCACAGAUUCUCAGCCUCAGGUGUCCAGCGCACUGGAAGAACUUUGUUUUUUGGUCAUGGGAUUUCUCGAGAAACCACAGGGUUUAGAUGAAAAAGACAACACCAAAAGGUUCUUAUUUCAUUAUUCUAAGACUCAUGACUCAGGCAACUCAGACAUCAUGUCCUCUGUCCUGCAUCCUUUGCUGCAACUCGUUCCCCAGCUUAAUGAGAGAAGACUGAAGAGACACAAAGUGGACGAGGACCUUCAAGGAGCUGGAGGGAUUCAAAGUAGAGGCUACUUUUUCUUCAGGCCACGCAACGGAAAGAGAUCAGUGGAUUUUCGCUAAGGAGGAUUUUAGACUCCUGACCUAGAACUUAUGCUGCAGGAAUGCUGGGCAUGGUGUUUUCCUUACAGAAAUAAUUCCUUACUAAUGUACAAUUAAAAAUCACUACAAUGUAAAUGUUCUUACAUUAGAUUCAGUAAAAAAUUCAAACGUUUCUUUACUUCCUUGAUUAUAUUAAAAGCAUAUCAAAAUUAUUUGUUUCUUAGUGUUAUGAUGUUUAUAACUGUGUGUAA